CUGUCGAGCCAGAGAGCCGAGUGCAGUUUUGCCUUAGAUAAAAACUAGAAUCCGAAAUAGGGAAAAAUAUAUACCAAACCAAAUAGUGUAGCUCCAAAAGUUGUAUCUGCAUCUGCAUCUGCAUCUGCAUCUGUGUCCGUGUCCGCGUGUGUGCAUUUCCUUAGCCCAGUGCCAGUGCCCCCAUCGACAUCGCCAUAGCCAUCGCCGCAGCAUAGAUACCUACAUUUCGGUGGGUGGGAGCACAGAGUGGGAGACAGGAGACAGGAGACGUCAGGAGACGGCAGUCAGGAGAGAGAGCGAGAGCUGGAAAAGUGAAAACGUGAAAAAGCAUUGCCACAGAACGUAGUCAGUAGACGGACAACGGAACCAUGUCGACCCUACCCUUCCUGCUGAGCGUCGCCGACGAGCUGGACAACAUCCACACGCAGUCCUACAUGGACGACUUUGGCCUGGGAUUCCAUCCGCAUCGCCAGUACUACCGCACGCCGACCAUCCAGCUCUCGCUGCCGGCCAGCGCGGACUGGACUGGACGCGGCGCCGGCUGGGACCAGGGCAGGCACAGUCGCUACAGGAGCUACAAGUUCUACGACGAGUCGCAGAACAACCUCGAGGAGGAGGAGCAGCCCGAGGAGGAGUACCAGCAGCACCUCCAGCACGAGCCCCACGAGCACCACGAGCACCACCAGGAAUUGCCAGAGAGCGUACAGCUCCAUCCAGAGACCUCCUCUUCCGUCGUCUGCAAGGGCCAAGAGCAGGUGCCAGUCAGUCAGUCAGCCACUGCCAGAAAGGGCCUGGGCAUGGUCAUCUCCAAGUCCCACGAUGUGGGUGUGGGCGGCCUGGGGCUCAACCUGAAGGCCGGCGAGGAGGAGGACGACGAGAACAUCGAUCGCACCGUUCGCAUGUACAACCUGUCCAAGAAGUGCUGCAAGAACUACUACCGCCACGCCCUGGAGACCGGGCCAGGGGCCAGCGGGCGGAUCAAGUGCAGCAACCUGCGCUCGGAGAGCCACCACUCGAGCUCCAGCUCGGAGGAGAGCCUCCAGAAGAUGCCCUCGCCCAUAGAGUUCCUCACGUGCUUCUUGGUCAAGAAGUCCCGGACCCCCAAGUGCGGACACUCCUCCGGACACUCUGGACAGCUGAAGAAAACAUAGAACACGGCCCCCCGGUUGCUGCCACCCCCGCUCUCGGCCAGAACCUCGACUCUGACAUCAUCAACCAGUAUGACCAUGGCCAGUAUGGCCACGGGUAGCGGCAGUGGCAGUGGCAUGGGAACGGGAACGGGCACCGGCACAGGCACGGCCACGACGACAACGAAGCGGCGUAGUCAGUGCUUUUGAAUGUGGGCCGGAGUCGGUGUCGUGUUUGGCCAGGCCUGGAGCUGGCUGCAGCGCUGCGGGGAGCUGCCCAGCUCGGAGCCCACAUCGCUGCCAGUCACGCGGCUGGGCAGGAUCGGCUACUAGGCGCACAACCAGCAACCGACAACCGACAACCGACUCGAGGCAAAGCUUAAGGGAACUUCAAGCGUACGAUGAGCACGGAAUUUUAAUUGGUUUUUAUAUGGAGUCGGGGCAUUCUGGGCACUGGACACUGGGCAUUGGGUACUGGGAGAAGGAAGGGAAGAAAGGGUUCCAUGGAAAGUAGGAUUGAUAUAUGCAUUAUAUCUGGUAGCUGGAAGCUGGAAGCUCUCUUCCCCCCAGUGCGAACCAGUCCUGGCCCCAACGAAAUAGCAAGCAAAUACAGGCCAAAAGUAAAUCGAAGCUUACAGCACUUGAAAUAUUUCCAAAACCUAUACGAGUAGGUACAAUAUAUAGUAUAUAUAUUAAAUAUAGGAGCUAAACUAUAAAACCAACACCGAUCAAUUUUUUGCAAACCAAGACAACACACACACAGAAUUUUUUAAACCCAGAUUUAUACGAGUACCAGGGAGAAACGAAACCGAAACCGAAACCGAAACCAAACAUACAAUUUGUUAAGCAAACAUUUUUAUACGGAUUUUUUGAUACCAAGCAAGAGAUAUAACUUAUAUACGGAUAUUACAAAGAAAACAUUAACUUAGAACAGAGUUUAGGGCCAAGAGCUGGGAGACAGACAGUGGGGCUGAGCUUGAAGUUGAUUGGAAGGGAAACCCAUUUUGAUUACAGAUUACGGAUUACCGAAAGUGUUUGUCCUUCUUUGAAUACGAGUGUUCCCUGUGAAUAUUUAUGGUGCAUUUUUUUUUGGGUAGGUUUUAGUUCAGCUUCAAGUUUUCUACAAUUUUUAUACAAGCUGUUGGCUUUUGAAAGCAAAAAUGAAACAAAGCUGGUCUCGCGCACACACACAAAUACCAAUGCCAACACACAAACAAACACAG